GUUGGUGCAAGUGAGCUACCCGUCAGUGUUACCAGAUCUCUGUGUUGAAGUACAUGGAAGUACAUAGUUCGAGACGGAAACUACAAAUGCCACCAAAGUGCAAAUUUCAAGAAGGAGAAAAAGUUCUCUGUUUUCAUGGACCAUUGAUCUAUGAAGCCAAAUGCCUGAAGUCAUCUAUCACCAAGGAGAAACAGAUUAAAUAUUUAAUUCACUAUGCGGGUUGGAAUAAAAAUUGGGAUGAAUGGGUUCCGGAAAGUCGAGUACUUAAAUAUAGUGAAGCCAAUGUACAAAAGCAACGAGAAGUUCAACGAGCACAUUCCAAUCAACAAUCGACACAUCGAAAUAAGAAAAGUGCAACCACAUCUAAAGCACAGGGACGUAGGAGCGAAGGUAGUAGAGAAAAGGAAGGUGAUAGUCGUGCCAGCACUCCAGUCGCUACUUCAGAAAGGACUUUUGGUAGAACUAGUAAAAGUACUGGAACCCUCAUACCCUCUACUCAUGACUCUCCAUCUGAACCACCCCGCAAGAAACGAACUCGGUUGGAACCCUCUGGCGAUACGGAGGAAUAUCUUACCAAGGUUGAAGUUAGAAUAAAAAUACCAGAAGAACUUAAAACACUACUAAUAGAUGAAUGGGAGGCAGUUUCAAGGUUCCAUAAGCUUCCGAAUCUACCUGCUCGAAUUACAGUCGAUAAGGUCUUGGAUGAUUUUGUAGAAUCAAGAACGGUAGGACCUAGCAAUGAAAGUAGCAGAGAAAGUGCAUUAGAAAUUACAAAAGGCAUUAGGGAGUAUUUCAACACCACGUUAGGUUUGCAGCUACUGUAUAAAUGGGAACGACUACAAUUCGACGAGAUAACGAAUGAACAUCCUGAUACAUUACCUAGCCAGUUAUACGGACCAUUCCAUCUGCUUAGGCUCUUUGUCAAGCUAGGAGGGAUGUUAUCUUAUACAACACUAGAUGAGAGAAGCAUACAAAUUUUAUUGACACAUUUCCAAAAUUUUCUGCAGUAUUUAGAAAAAAAUAAAUCUGACCUAUUUAAUAUACAGCAAGAUUAUAUAGAUGCUCCACCAGACUACAGUCGAAAGUUCACGUGAGAAAGUGGUAAGCAAUAGAUUUGGAAAGUACAUUACCGUGGGUGUGGUUCUAUUAUUUAAAGAACAUGUAAAGAGUAUUUCUAAGAUUUUAUCAAUAAUUGUGAUAAUUAAGUAUGUACAUUCUCAGAUCCAUGAGAAGAAUUUUAAUUAAGUAGGUUUUAAGUAUCACAGUAAAAAUAAACUUUGUAAAUACAUGA